UUUGCGUUUAUCGCAUAAAUAAUAAUAACUGCUUCCAUUGUUUCAGUUUAGCUACUCUCAGCAUUGAACCCUCGUCUCCAGCGCCGCUUCAACCGUUCUCCAGCCACUUCAGAGUAAUAUUGGAGUUGGGCUAAAAAUGGAAAUGCCUACACACCGAACAUGGAUGUAUAAUAGGCUUUUUCGUGGUCGAAGGCGUUAUACAACUGCAUUUAUGAAAGGCGUCAAAGAGUUUAUUGAUUUUGCUUGUCGGCAACCAAAGUAUUUAAGUGAGGGUGUAAUAAGGUGUCCAUGUAAGCUAUGCAAAAAUAAGAAGCUUUUAACCCCAAACGAAGUAAAUGCUCAUAUUCUUAAAAGGGGGUUUACACCUAGAUAUUUAUAUUGGAUAUUCCACGGAGAGAAAGUUCCUCAUAUUAAUGAUGAUGUUGAGCAUUCAGUGCUGCCCGGGUCUAAAAAUACAUCAGAGUUCUCUGCUGCCAUUGCAAUGUUAAGUUUAAAAUCUAAACAAAACAUGUCGCAGGCUUGCUUCAAUGAUCAAACAGAACUCACUCAUUCUGAACCUCAACCUCAAUCUACUCCACCUUCACUUCUACCUCAAUCUAACCAAUCUCAAAAUAUCCCUAUUCAAGUCCUUUGUAUGGAAGAAUAUCCAAUGGUCAAUGAAACCCCAUCUUCUUCAUCUCUUCAUGUCAAUGGAGGCAUUAAUCGGGAGAAAAUCAUGAUAUUCCCAGAAGGGGAUGGGUUUGAUCAUCAUAAGUUGGUAAUUGGGAUGAUAGCUUCAAUUAUACGUACUAACAUGGAGGAAGCAAAACCAUCAUGGAAGCAGUUAUCUAUAGGUCAAAGAGAUUCGUGGUUUAACAUAUUUAAGUCAAAGUUUACAUGGUCACCUCAAUAUAAGGAUAUGGUGCGGUGCAACUUUGAGAAAAUGGGUUCAGCUAAAAUGUCUCAAUUAAUGCAAGAAGUCCGAAAAAAUUUAAAUCAGAAACCAACUUGGAUGGAAGAUGGUGUGUGGGCACAAUUGAAGGCACAUUGGGAGUCCUCAAGUUUCAAAAACAAGUAUGAAAUAAAUAAAAGAAACCGUGAGUCUAUGGAUGGUGCAUCUCUUCACACUGGUGGAUCAAUUCCUCAUCAUUUGCAUUGGAAGAGAAUGAAGGAGGCUAAAGAGACAGAUCCAUCAUUGGCUGAGUUUUAUUUUCAUACUCAUCGAAAAAAGGAUCAUAGUUGGGUGGGUCCUCAGGCAGAAUCCGCUUAUGAGAAUUCUGAACAGAGGAAACUUGAGUUAUCUUCUCAGAGUUCAACAUUUAAUUCGGGGGAGGAUGGAGUUGAUAGUCAACAGUCCAUAGAUCAUAUGCCUUUAGACUUUGAUAUAUCGGUAGCUUCAGUUGGAAAGAAAAAAAGGAGGAUCUUUGGCCUUGGAUCCAUAGACAAAACAUUAUUUACAUCCUCAAGUCAACCAAUAAAGCUUUCUGCUAAUUCAGAGGAGGUUGAUGUUUUAAGAAAUCAGAUUCAGGCAUUAAAUGAUGAAUCACUACAAAAGCAAGAAAAGAAGAAACUAAAGAUGAGACAGGAAUCGACUCAGACCAAAAAACAAGGAUUCAUUGGCAAAACAUUUACAUCCAGAAGUCAAACAAUGAAGCUUUCCGCAAAUUCAGAGGAGGUUGAUGUUUUAAGAAAUCAGAUUAAGGCAUUAAAUGAAGCACUACAUAGACACGAACAAGAGAUGCUAGACAUGAGACAGGAGUUGACUGAGACCAAAAACCAAGUAGCAGCUUUAAGGCAACACUUAGGACUUGUUGGUUCUUUUUCUCAUCCAUCUUCAUCACCUCAACACAGCGGUGUAAAUGAUGACGAUGACAGUGACACUGUUAGUGAUGACAGUGAUACCAUUAGUGAUCAUACUGGAUAGGGUAUUUGAUUUCUUGCUGCAUUUUUUUAAAGAGGUUUGCUGCCUUAACAUACUUUAUUCAGUUGGUUGUAAUUUCUUUAUUUGUUUUGAAAGAGAUGUGUUGCCUUAACAUACUCUAUCUGGUUGGAUGUAAUGUCUUCAUUUUUUCUUUUAUUAUGAUGCAGGGCAUGGUCGGCUCAGAGCCGUAGUUAUCUGCUUCAGCUUGUUGCUACAUCUUGCAGAAAUUUUUACUUUUUCUUUCAACUUCUGUCUUUUAGCACAUUUUAGCACUAGACCUUAGGCUAGGCAAGAAGUAUACUGUACAGUACUGGCAUAGUGAUGGAUUCCAAUUAGACCUUUAUUUUUUUUGGAGCAGAGGGUUCCUGCAGUUGCUACCAAAUUCACGUUCCUAAUUCAGUAUCCUUCAACACUUAACACUAGCAUGUCAUUAUUAUUUUUACGGCAACUUGAUUUGGGCCAAUAUAACUGGAUUCUUUUACUCAAUCAA